AUGGGAGUGAAGGUUGAUGGUCGGCAGCUACACCAUUUGCGCUUUGCUGAUGACAUCGUACUGAUAACACCUAGCAUCAGCCAAGCGGAACGAAUGCUGACCGAAUUCCACGAAACAUGUGGAUGCAUCGGUCUUCAGCUGAAUCUACAAAAGACGGUGUUCAUGCGGAACGGAUGGGUCUCGGAUGUCCAAUUCACGCUCAACGGAACGAACAUAUCCGAAAGCACCAGCUACGUUUAUCUGGGUCGGGAAUUCGAACAUGAUGAACGACCUGACCCCCGAGCUGGGCAGGAGGAGACGAGAGGCUUGGGGAGCGUAUAA